UCGGCUACGUCAGUUGCCUACGGGACGUAGCUGCAGACGCUACGCGCCCAGCUACGUCGUAGCGAUUUGAACAUUCGUCUUUUAUCGGUUUGUGACUAAAUAUAAUUUACCAAAUAAAUAUAACUCGUGUCGCCUUCUAGUUUCUAAAUCAAAUACUUAAUUUAGCUAUACUUAAAUUAAAACCAAAUUUGAGACCAACCGAGUUAUUCGAGUAAUUUGUAUAAUCAAAUUUUGAAGCUUUGAUUUCGUACGGUAUCAUUGUAUGAAUUCAUAAUUGUAGAAAUAGUAUUUUAUUUAACUACAAUUAAGGCGCUACCCCGAAAUAAUAGUCUAAAUUAAGUCGACGGUUUUGAGGCGAAGUAAUUGAGUGUAAUUCAAAUGAAAGUAAAAAUGUGCUCGAUGCUGGUGUUGGGUAUUUUAUCCCUGUUUGUGACUGACGCUUGGACCGGGACUUUACAACAGAAAGACUCAUCGCCGCAAAGAUGUCACCACUGCGUCCACAACGCGUCGUCGAACUGUGACCGGUUGACCGCAGCGCCAGUGCUGUGCCCACUCGGAGAGCCAUAUUGCGCCACUGUAGCUAGGACGCCCAAUUUCACAUCGUCGCUAACGUGUGCAGCUGCAAAGGAUCCGCCGUGUUUAUUAACGUUUAACUCAAAACUGGAAUUAGAGAUGAGUUGCAUAUGCAAUGAACAGCUCUGCAACGCGCCGUACUCGGCUCAGUUACGGAAUGAGCUGCUCAAUUUUUCACACAGAGCACUCCCCAACGCCACCGAGCUCACCGAAACGUUUCUAAAAUCCUCAGUUUUUGCGAACGUGACCAGCACGGAUCUGUAUAAAGUAAUAACCGAAGUGCGAGCGACGGAAGGGCCGGUGUUUGCCGCGCAAUCAACGACGAUCGCUUUAGCAUCGAUUGCUAAUUCGGAGAUAGGUCCACGGGCGGAGGCUUUGAAACACGAAGCUACUGUACCGCCAGAUGAUGAUGAAGACGAAGGGGAAGGCAGUGGGAGUUUCGAAGAAGCAAGAACCCACGCUUCACCUGCAGCUCCUAGCUCAUACCUCCCAGCUGAAGAAAACAAAUCCGCAACACUAGUUUUUAACGUAUACCUAUUAGUAUUUUCAGUGUUUCAAUUGCACGAGAUAUUGUAAUAUUGUAUUGAUUGCGAAAUGUUCUUUUUCAUAGAGAAUAUAUGAUAGUGUUGACCUUUAUGUAAGUAUGUAUUGUACAUAUAAUUAUGGGAACAAAAGUCGUUUCAGUCUAAUUUGUUCAUUUAGGACUCGUCAAAGUAAUUGCCAAAAUAUUUAGCAAGUAAGUAUCAAUUUUUAAGAUGUGUUGAUGAGUUAAUUUUAUGUUCGGUUACAAACUUUAAUUUGGGAACCAUUUACAAUUGAAUAUCACACAGAAAAUUAAUACCUUGAAUAGGUAUUUACUAGACCUUACUAAAACGCGUAACUUUCCUAGGGUCCGAUAAAAAAAAAAAAAAAUAGGGGAGUCAGGGGAAGUUGUCAUCUACUAUAUAAAAAUAAGUCGGGUUUUCCUUCCUGACGCUAUAACUCCAGACCAUCUCCUUUACUUGUGGUCAUUCAAGAUGUCCUUUUCAGUGCAAUAUCAUUGCUAAUCUAUUUCAGGAAGUCGGUUUAUUUCAGUUUAUUCAGAAGUGAUACAGGGGAAGACGUGGCAUAGAGACUCUAACACUAAGGCGAUGCCUAGCAACCUUGUUUUAUCAUCAGAUAAAAUUUAUAAAAAAUGUAUUCCCUAAGCUAAGGCUCUUUUUUCACACACAAACGCGCAUGUAAAACGUCUGUAUACUUUACUAUUACAAAUAAACAACGCCAAACCGCCUUCCAAAAAUAAAAGAUCUAUACUUCUUUGUUUUUUCAUAGAUAUAAUUAUCUCAUUUAUAUCUAUGAAAAAACAAAGAAGCAUCAUAUAAUGCAAAAAUGUGUUGAGAUGCAAAACUAAAUAUUUUACUCAUAUUAUUUUAAAUGUAACUUUGGUGAAAAUUAAUGCUACGUAUACGUUCUCUGUAAUUCACAUAAUUUAAGAUAUUGAUCAACUUACUGAUGUAGAUAGAUUCGGCGAAAUGUCUUUAUAGACUAAAGCGUUAUGUAAAUAUACAUUAUUACUAAAUAACAUGCCACUUCAUUGUCACAUGCACGUUCUCUAAACAUAGUUAUAUAUUAUUUUUUGUAGACAUAGAGUCAAUUACAAUUUACGAUAUACAUUUUAAAAUAUCACCGUCGUUCUUUCGAUGCGUUGUUGUGAUUUAUUAAAAAAAUUAAAAAUACA